AUGCUACCAGCCACCCCUCCAGUUCCUUCCAUCAUUCAGGUUCAUACUGGGGCCAUGUUGGGAAUUACACACAGUAGUUCCAUGCUUGGCCUGCAGGGGGUCCUACUGAACACCAUGAGACAUGGAGACCCAGGCUACCAGGCACGGAUCUCAGUCCCAGGCCGGGAGCGAUCUCAGUCCCGGGCCGAUCCCCCCGGAGACCCGGCGCAGGCUUCAGCUCAGUCCCAGGCCGGGAGCGAUCUCAGUCCCGGGCCGAUCCCCCCGGAGACCCGGCGCAGGCUUCAGCUCAGUCCCAGGCCGGGAGCGAUCUCAGUCCCGGGCCGAUCCCCCCGGAGACCCGGCGCAGGCUUCAGCUCAGUCCCAGGCCGGGAGCGAUCUCAGUCCCGGGCCGAUCCCCCCGGAGACCCGGCGCAGGCUUCAGCUCAGUCCCAGGCCGGGAGCGAUCUCAGUCCCGGGCCGAUCCCCCCGGAGACCCGGCGCAGGCUUCAGCUCAGUCCCAGGCCGGGAGCGAUCUCAGUCCCGGGCCGAUCCCCCCGGAGACCCGGCGCAGGCUUCAGCUCAGUCCCAGGCCGGGAGCGAUCUCAGUCCCGGGCCGAUCCCCCCGGAGACCCGGCGCAGGCUUCAGCUCAGUCCCAGGCCGGGAGCGAUCUCAGUCCCGGGCCGAUCCCCCCGGAGACCCGGCGCAGGCUUCAGCUCAGUCCCAGGCCGGGAGCGAUCUCAGUCCCGGGCCGAUCCCCCCGGAGACCCGGCGCAGGCUUCAGCUCAGUCCCAGGCCGGGAGCGAUCUCAGUCCCGGGCCGAUCCCCCCGGAGACCCGGCGCAGGCUUCAGCUCAGUCCCAGGCCGGGAGCGAUCUCAGUCCCGGGCCGAUCCCCCCGGAGACCCGGCGCAGGCUUCAGCUCAGUCCCAGGCCGGGAGCGAUCUCAGUCCCGGGCCGAUCCCCCCGGAGACCCGGCGCAGGCUUCAGCUCAGUCCCAGGCCGGGAGCGAUCUCAGUCCCGGGCCGAUCCCCCCGGAGACCCGGCGCAGGCUUCAGCUCAGUCCCAGGCCGGGAGCGAUCUCAGUCCCGGGCCGAUCCCCCCGGAGACCCGGCGCAGGCUUCAGCUCAGUCCCAGGCCGGGAGCGAUCUCAGUCCCGGGCCGAUCCCCCCGGAGACCCGGCGCAGGCUUCAGCUCAGUCCCAGGCCGGGAGCGAUCUCAGUCCCGGGCCGAUCCCCCCGGAGACCCGGCGCAGGCUUCAGCUCAGUCCCAGGCCGGGAGCGAUCUCAGUCCCGGGCCGAUCCCCCCGGAGACCCGGCGCAGGCUUCAGCUCAGUCCCAGGCCGGGAGCGAUCUCAGUCCCGGGCCGAUCCCCCCGGAGACCCGGCGCAGGCUUCAGCUCAGUCCCAGGCCGGGAGCGAUCUCAGUCCCGGGCCGAUCCCCCCGGAGACCCGGCGCAGGCUUCAGCUCAGUCCCAGGCCGGGAGCGAUCUCAGUCCCGGGCCGGGAGCGAUCUCAGUCCCGGGCCGAUCCCCCCGGAGACCCGGCGCAGGCUUCAGCUCAGUCCCAGGCCGGGAGCGAUCUCAGUCCCGGGCCGGGAGGGAUCUCAGUCCCGGGCCGGGAGGGAUCUCAGUCCCGGGCCGGGAGGGAUCUCAGUCCCGGGCCGGGAGGGAUCUCAGUCCCGGGCCGGUAGGGAUCUCAGUCCCGGGCCGGGAGCGAUCUCAGUUCCGGGCCGGGAGGGAUCUCAGUCCCGGGCCGGGAGGGAUCUCAGUCCCGGGCCGGGAGCGAUCUCAGUCCCGGGCCGGUAGGGAUCUCAGUCCCGGGCCGGUAGGGAUCUCAGUCCCGGGCCGGUAG